UGAAAAGCUAAAGUUUUUAUAUAUACAUUUAUAUGUGGCUGUUAGACAUAUAUGAUAAUCGAUAGAGCCCAAACUAAAACCAAAAUUUUGAUUGGCGUGUGUUUGCCAUUGGGCAAAACCAACUCCUUGAUCCUAUGGCUUCGUCUCUAGGCACCGCCGCCGUUUCUCGAAUCUUGGCUUCCUCCUCCUCGUCCUCCGACGGAGCUCGACUGUCUCUCCGCUCCUCCUCUUCCUCCUCCUCCCCUUCUCCCUCUAUCCUUUCUUUCUCCUACUCUCUCAAAUCCCUCGCUUUCUCUCCUCUCUCUUCUCAUUUCUCCCGCCACCAGAGGAGACCGGUUGUUAAUGUGUCGACUAGAGCGAGUCCGAAAUGCGCAGCUUCGGAUCCGGAUCAGUUGAAGAGUGCUAGAGAAGAUAUCAAGGAGCUUCUCAAAUCUACGUUCUGCCAUCCUAUCCUGGUUCGCCUAGGAUGGCAUGAUGCUGGUACCUACAACAAGAACAUUGAGGACUGGCCACAAAGGGGUGGAGCAAAUGGAAGUCUUAGGUUUGAAGUUGAGUUAAAGCAUGCAGCGAAUGCUGGACUUGUGAAUGCAUUGAAACUUAUUCAGCCAAUCAAGGACAAGUACUCCGGUGUAACUUAUGCAGAUUUAUUUCAGUUGGCUAGUGCCACUGCUAUUGAGGAGGCCGGGGGACCCAAAAUUCCUAUGAAAUAUGGAAGGGUGGAUGUCUCAGGACCUAAUGAGUGUCCUGAAGAGGGCAGGCUACCUGAUGCUGGCCCCCCAUCACCUGCUGAUCAUCUACGAGAUGUUUUUUACAGAAUGGGAUUGAAUGACAAGGAAAUAGUUGCAUUAUCCGGUGCACACACUCUUGGGAGGUCCAGACCAGAGCGCAGUGGUUGGGGCAAACCUGAAACAAAGUAUACGAAAGAUGGGCCAGGAGCACCAGGAGGACAGUCCUGGACAGUGCAAUGGUUGGAGUUUGACAAUUCAUACUUCAAGGACAUCAAAACAAAAAGGGAUGAAGAUCUGCUUGUGUUGCCAACUGAUGCUGUUCUUUUUGAAGAUCCCUCUUUCAAGGUAUAUGCUGAGAAAUAUGCUGUGGAUCAAGAGACAUUCUUCAAGGAUUAUGCAGAAGCCCAUGCCGAACUUAGCAACCUUGGGGCCAAAUUUGACCCUCCAGAGGGUAUUGUGUUAGAUGAUGCUCCCAAACAAGCUGCACCGGAGAAGUUUGUUGCUGCCAAGUACUCAACAGGAAAGAGAGAGCUCUCAGAGUCUAUGAAGCAGAAGAUUCGAGCAGAAUAUGAGGCUCUUGGUGGAAGCCCAGAUAAGCCUCUACCAACCAACUAUUUUCUAAAUAUCAUGAUUAUUAUUGGUGUUUUGGCCUUAUUGACAUCUCUUCUUGGUAAUUAACUUAGUUUUUCAGAUUCUUUAUGAAAGUAGUAUCAUGAUUUAAUUGUGAAAUGAGUGAGACAAUGAGUAUAUAUGGUUUAUGAUGCUGAAUCAGUGCUAUAAUCAAUGUUUAUAUCAGCAAAAUAGUUUUUAAGCCUGUCAGAUGGUAUACUUAAGCUCCAUUUAGUUGCUGCUUGUUGCAUAUUGAAAUUGGUUCAUGAAUCCUGAGCCAGCCACCUAUGAUUUUUUUCUGAUGAAUUCCUUUUUGGGUUACAAAAGGGUGGGAGGGAGAGUAUUUUCAGGUAAAUUUCUUGUUUUGGGUUUCGAAUAAAAACUCAUGUAGGCCAAAAGCGCAGUUCCAUUCUUUAAAGCAAUAUCUAUCUAAACCUGCCACUUUCAAGGGGCAAACAGCGGGAAAACCAGUACUUGUAUCCAAAGAAACAUUUCCAUGGUUCAAAUUUGAGGUUUUAAUUUAUAAGUUUCAAAUUCUCUUCUAAUGUUAAGUAAUGCAAUAUAUCCAAGUAUUUACUCAAUGGUCAAAUUUUAAACUCUUUUUUUUUUUUUUUAUUGUGUGUGUGUGUGGUAAAAUUUAGGAUAGAUAAGUCAUUUAAUCUUUCAGGUUAAGAUAAAAUGUACUCUUUGUUAGAAUAAUGCAAUUGAAAUUAUCAUCAACAAGGAAUUAUUUUUAGGAUUCCAAUCUAAAAUCACUUAAAUGGAAGUGAACAAAUUUAUUGAUGGAGUCAACUCUUUGAGGUAAUUACAACCUCAUCUUAAAAUAGAGAAGCAUCUCAAAAUUGCUAGCAUAUGUGAUGUUUGACAAAAAUGGAAAGUAGAUUUUGGCAGCUACUUACUAUCAGUCAUGACUAGUUCCAAGCGAUUUGACACAAUAUUAAGCAGCCAGCCUUUGAGAAAAAUGGAGAAGAUGGUGUGAUAUGGCCUUUUAAGCGGACAUUGGUGCCUUAAUAAUGCCAGGUGUGUUGGUUGGAUUCGGUUGAAAAAAGCUGUAAAUUGAACAUUUCAAAACUGUACAUGUGUGUUAAUGGCUAAGAUUGGAUUAGUAAAAUAAAAGAAGAUGGUCACUUUCAAGUUUUUCAAGUUCUUUCGAUGGAAUCUCUUAUGGACGAGGAUAGGGUUUAUGGAAUUAGAAGUGUUAACUCAGACUUAGGAUGGAAUCUAUUUGAGAAUUUUUUUUUUUUUUUUUGAUACAUAAGAUGGGCGUAGCUCGGGAAGGAGAGGAAGUUUUGGUUCGAAACCAAGGUCUUUAUGUUCUCCCAAGGGCUACUUAAUCAUUAGGUGAAGGAGUUGGGGACAAACUCGAUUGAACUUGCAUGUAAAGAAAAAGUUCAAACACAAUCUUAACUAGUCAUCCUUCGUAAUAAAAAUAAGAUUAAGAAUCCUGAAAAAGCUAAACAAUUUUGAGGUCCAUAAAAGAUGAGAUAAAUUUGCCUUCAACUACCGGUUUCGAUUGUAGUGAACCAGAAAAAAGUCUGGCAAAAUUGGUCUCUAAUUCAAUAAUUUGUUUUGCAAAACAUGCUAAUGAAUAGAAGGUGGAACUAUUUCAGUCGAAGGACAAAAAGGAAAAUGGAUUGGAAAACAGGCCAGAACUUUAACAACUUGCAAAAUUAAGACAUCACCCAACAGGCCAGCACCCACCCAAGUUUCGAUUAUCAGAAUCCUUAAAAGGUGGCUUUUUUGCAAAAGCAUAUUGGUUUUUGAGUUUUGACCAGACAGACAAGAAUGUCGAUUCAAACUUUCUCUUCUCUCCAUCCAUUGAACAGUGUAAAAAGGAGACCAAGAGAUCAUUGCUGUUACCCCAUUUAUGCUGCACAUGGGGUGUUCAGUUAAUGAUCAACUCUCAUG